AUGCCGCUUUGGCUUAUCUUUCACCCUGAUGGCACCUUUGAGGACGAUGCGUCUAAGGAAGCCCUGUCCACGGAUAUCACCAAGAUCUACACAGGCGUCGGCCUACCUGCCUUCUAUGUCAUCGUGAAUUUCAUCAAAAUGCCCGGAAACACCAUGUGGGUGGGCGGCAAGAAGGCGAACAAGGAGAAGCCGUUCAUUCGACUCGCUAUUGAGCACAUCGCUGUGACUCUUCCUAACCAAGACGAGGUAUACCGAAACACGGCCAACAGGGUGGACGAAGCCCUCAAACCGCAUGUCGCCGACAAAGGGUACGACUGGGAAUUCCACAUCGACGAGACGGAGAGGAGGCUGUGGAAGAUCAACGGCAUAUUCCCCCCAGCCCACAAGAGCGAGGAAGAGAAGUUGUGGGCGAAGGAGAACCGCGCUAUUCCUUUC